CAUACAAGGCUCGUGUCAGCAGUGUGGAGAAAAUGCCCUCACAUUACAGUUGAAGGAGGCAUUGGUCUAGUGACUGAAAUGAGUCUUUGCAGUACAUCUUGCCGGCAGUAACGUCUAGCAGAGAGAGCUCUUCCAAGCUAAAUCCCCUACACCUCCUGCCCCUACCCCACCACCCUCUACUCCCUUUUCUUCAACUUACCUGAGUGCUUCAGCUACGCUCUCUUUGGUGACUACACUCUUCUGUGUCCCUCCUCUAGGAUGGCAGAGACUGAACUGCAGAAACAGAGACUUCAAGCCAUAGCAGAAAAAAGGCAGAGGCAGACAGAAAUCGAGAACAAACGACACCAGCUCGAGGAUAAAAUACUUCAGCUGCAGCAUCACAAGUCCAAAGCCAUGCGAGAGAGAUGGCUGCUGCAAGGAAUCCCUGCCUCAUCACCUGAAGAGGAGGAAGCGAGGACCAAACAGGUCCAGGAAGAUGAGAAUAAGGCAAAGAAGUUGGAGGAAGCCAUUCGCAGACUCGAGGUGGAAAUAGAACAACUGGAGAGAGAGGAAUCCCAGAUUGCUGCCAAGGAGCAAGUCAUUCGGGAAAAGUUGAGGGAAGUGGAGAAAUCCAUUGAGGACCUGCAGAAGAGUCUCUCCAAACCUGAUGGGGCAAUGUAUGCCAUGGAGGUCAGCGUAGAAAAGGACAAGCUAACAGGGGAAUCCAAGGUCCUCUCCACAACUCCCGUGGUCACUGAGGGAGUUCACCAGAGAGGGGUUAAGGUGUACGACGAUGGCAACAAGGUGGUGUAUGAGGUACGUUCUGGAGGUGCGGUGGUGGAGAAUGGGGUUCAUCAUUUAACCACGUCACAGGUGGACCGGCUGAUACACAGAGCAGGGAAAACGAAUGUGGUCAGUAAAUGUGUGUCAGAAGCGCUGACCGUGUCGGAAAGCAGUGCAUCCCCCGACGAUUCCCGGAGUGGCGGAGACAGUGGACUGAGGAAGGACAUGGUUGUGAAGAAAGCCCAGCUGAAAGCUGGCCAGGCAGGAAAGGUGGCCCAGCCAAUCCCUCCCAGGGAAGCUCCCAAGGCCAGUGCUGACCACCCAGUGACAAUGAUCUUCAUGGGGUACCAGAGUGUGGAGGACCAGGAGGAAACCAACAAACUUCUGGGCUACGAGGGUGCCAUCCAGGCCGAGCUGGUGCUGAUCGACGAAGACGAUGAGAAGUCAUUGCGAGAGAAGACUGUAACGGACGUCUCGACGACGGACGGCAACGCUGCAGAACUUGUGGCCGGGAAGUCCAUGACCGAGGCUUCUGAGACCCUCUCGGCGGAGGAGAACGAAGGGACAGACACUGGGAUGGAACCAGUCGCAGGGGCAGAGAUAAGCGACGCCUACCAAUCCAAAGAGCUGGUUCAACCAACUGAGUUCGGCGUCGCUGGAAUGCAACAGACCACAAUGAAACCUCCCACCAAGCUCGUGGAGGAUGGCACUGCAUUGAAGAAGGGCAAGAGCAGAAGAAGCUCUGACUCCCUGAACCCUGAACAUCAGACGUCCGAGCAGGAGGAGAGAAUGGAGGUCAACAACCACGUGAGCGGUCCCAAGACCGUGAGCGCAGCCGUGCCGAAGGUCGUGACCUCGGAGUCUGCCACUCUGGACAGUGAACUGAUUCGCCACGAUGACAAAGGCCACAAUGGCAUCCAGAGCAGGCACGAAUCACUGGACAGCGACGUCGCGAAGGAGAUUAGGUACCUCGAUGAAGUCCUGGAAGCAAACUGCUGCGACCCCGUUCUGGAGAACGGAUCGAAUGCACCGCCUUCGCCCGAGCCAAGCCCGAUCCUUGUGGAGGGCCGAGUCCCUCCCAUUUCUGUAGCGCCAGACCCUACGGCCGCACCCCUCAACUGUGUGGCAAGUGUCGUCAGGAAGGAGCCGCCUCUCGUCGAGCAGCAGACACCGGACGAGGGUGAGGUUAAGGUGAACGGUUUCUCGCCAAGCCGCACCGGAGCAUCACCCAUUGCCGAUCAGAACAGAGAGCGGCUGGAAAAUUCCAGAAGGUCCUCCAGGGACGGCGAGCCGGUCCUCGUUCCCCUGAAGAAGGAGGCCAGGUUUGAGCUGCGGGCUUACCACGAGGACAAAAAGCCCUCCAAGCUCUUCGCUGAGGACGAGAGAAAGGAAACCUAUAAGAUUAGGAAGAGCAGAGCCUCAGAUGAGAUUGCAGAGCUGGAACGAGCCCGGCUGGAAGUCAUCAAGAGCCAGGUGGUGAGAAAGAAUCCCAGCAUCGCGGAGAAGUGGAAGCCCCCCCAGGAGAAAUCUAUCGAGGAGCAGCUGGACCCCGAUAAGUUGGAAUCCCACAAAAAGUACGCCGAACGCAAGCAGAGGAAGCAAGGUGGGCACCUGUCCGCCGUUUCCCCGAAGCAGAAAGCCCCCGUGUUUGUGCCGCCAGAGCCCAUCAGCAUCAACAGAGAAGAAGUCGUCACAGAGCAGAUAGAUUUCUCUGCCGCGAGGAGGCAGUUCCUGAAGAUGGAGAGCGGGCCUGAUCCCCACCGCACAGCACAGCCUGAGGCGGCCCUGGGACCGCCAGAGGGGUCCCCGCACGACCAUCCCUAAAGUUGGCUGAGGCACCCAGAAAAGAAAGGAUGGCGGUUCCGGGCGGUAGUGACGGGAACAAGUGGGGCUCAGGGACAAGCAGUGCAGGUGUGUGCCAGUGAAGUGUCCCUCGUCAAGGCAUCCAAAGUAAGCGUCGUGCCUGACGAUGGCGCUGGCCAGGAGGUGCCCCUCACCUCCCCGCGAGAGGAAGCAGGAGGCGGCGUUGUGCACAGAGCCACCUCUGCACACACCUGCUGACCAGCUGACCAACAGCGGUCUGAAGGACGAGGUGGUUGGAAAGGUCCACGUGGAUGACGAAGGGUUUACCAGGGUCAGGCUGUUUUGACAGUGCUGAACGAGGAUGGUGACAGUGACACUUCCGACCAUUGUUUCAAGUGCCCCAGUCUCCCAUCACGGCAGAGGAGGUGGAUUCCGGUUUGGACGACUUAUCCCUUCGAUCCCAGGACACCACAGUGAUGGAAACCCUGUCCAACGACUUCAGUAUUGACAACGUGAGUGACAGCGGCGCUUC